UGAAGAGUUUGAUUGACAGAUAACGUCACCACACCCAUUGACUGCCAUUUUGAAUGAAUUAGACACCAAUUCCAAUACCGCGACUGGUUUCCGUACGGCUGAAUGACCUGACCAUUGCAUGCUAGCUACGGAGGGAAGGAGACUGAGGUGAAUUGAGCUGCUAACAAACAGUGGAAUAAAGCACUUUAAUUGAGUUGCGGAGGAGACCGAUCGGAGAGAUAGUCGCUUUUCUUCUAAUCUUGCUAGUCAAACAAAAGUCGCCAUCAUGCCUCGUGGGCAGGUUGCAGUGCGUGUGACUACUAUGGAUGCGGAGCUGGAGUUUGCCAUUCAGCCAAACACUACAGGCAAACAGCUCUUUGAUCAGGUUGUUAAAACAAUAGGUCUGAGGGAAAUCUGGUUCUUCGGCUUGCAGUACAUCGAUUCUAAAGGUCUUAUUACAUGGCUGAAACUCAACAAAAAGGUAGUAGCACAAGAUCUGAGGAAAGACAACCCUCUACAGUUCAAAUUCAGAGUCAAAUUCUACCCAGAAGAAGUCACUGAAGAAUUGAUUCAAGAAGUCACACAGCGGUUGUUUUUCCUGCAAGUCAAGGAGGGUAUCUUGACAGACGAGGUCUACUGUCCUCCCGAGACAUCAGUCUUGCUUGCGUCCUACGCAGCACAGGCUAAACACGGUGACUAUGACCAUCCAAAGUGCAAGUUCACCGAAGAUUCCAACAUCCUACCCAAGAGAGUGACAGAACAACACAUGACAAAGGACCAGUGGCAUGAGCGUGUCUCAAAUUGGUACAAGGAACACAAAGGAAUGCUCAAGGAAGAGGCAAUGAUUGAGUACAUGAAGAUUGCACAAGAUCUGGAGAUGUAUGGAGUCAAUUACUUUGAAAUCAGGAACAAGAAGGGAACGGAUCUGUGGCUUGGAGUCGACGCCCUUGGAUUGAAUGUUUAUGAGAGGGACGACAAAUUGACACCGAAGAUUGGGUUCCCGUGGAGUGAAAUCCGUAACAUCUCAUUCAACGACAAGAAGUUCGUCAUCAAGCCCAUCGAGAAGAAAGCUCCUGACUUUGUGUUCUAUGCUUCUCGGUUGCGAAUCAACAAGCGAAUCCUUGCCCUCUGCAUGGGUAACCAUGAGCUCUACAUGCGCAGACGUAAACCAGACACCAUUGAGGUCCAGCAGAUGAAAGCACAGGCUAGAGACGACAAGGCUUCCAAGAGAGCAGAAAAGGAACAGCUAGCUGUUGAGAUGAAGAAGAGAGAGGAGGCAGAGAAGACAGCGAGAAUGUUAGAACAGAAGAUGCAGGAGAUGGAGGAUAUGGCAAGGAAAAAUAGAGAAGAGAUGCAAGUUAAGGAAGCGGAAGCAGCAGCCCUGGCAGAGGCGACCAGAAGGAGUCAGAUGGAGAGUGAAGAGGCUCAGCGCAAGAUGGCUGAAUUGGAACAGGAGAUCGGUCAAGCUACGGCCCAGAAAGAGAUGACCGCUCAUGAGAAAGAAGAGAUGGCCAUGAAGUUGGAGGAGCUGGCUGAAGAGAAGGAACGUUUGGCUAUGAGUAGAGAGGAUGCAGAGAGUCAACAGGCUGAUUUACAAGAGAAGUUGAGGUUAGCUGAGGAGGAGAAAGAGCGUAUGCAGAUGGAGUUCCUCGAGGCCCAGGAAGCCGCAGCGGUUGCUGCGUCUCAGGCCGUGGCUGAGGCUGCUGCUGCUGCUGAGAUCCCUACUGAUGAGAAGGACGAUGAAGAUCAAGGUGGAGAGCACGAGUUCACCAACGAACCUAUUCAGAACGAUCGCAAUGAAGAAAUGAGAGAUGCCUACCAGGGCAAGAGGAAUCUUCAAAACCAAUUGCAGGAUCUUGAAGAGGAGCUGAAAGCCUUGAAGGAUACCAAGAAGAUGACCCAGAAUGACGUGAUCCAUAUAAACAAUGUCCGAGCUGGCCGUGAUAAGUACCAGACUCUGAGGAACAUCCGAUCUGGUAACACCAGGCAACGUAUUGAUGUCUUUGAGAACAUCUAAACAAUCAACGUUAAUCAAAAUAGUACUCAGGAUGUAGCAGCACAGCAUUGGCAUGGAAGUAAUCUA